AUGAAAAGAAUAUGUUCCUCAUGCAUACCUUCAAGUAGAGUUUCAAAGAGAAACCCUGACAAUGACGAAAAUAAUGAUGAUCAAAACACUAAAAGGAAAAAAACUGAUAAAUCAUCAGAAUGUAAAGAUUGUUAUGUUGAAAUACUCUUGGAUUUUCCUGGCAGAUUAUGUAGCAGCGGGUAUAAUGUACAUAGUUCUACCCACACUGCUGCAACAAAUAAUACACAUCAACUUUCAACUGAGUUAGAUUUUAAAAAUUGCACUAAAAACGAUGACUCCAAAUCUGAUAACAAAGAUCUGGAAGUGGAAAUUAGUCUGGAAGUGAAAGAUGAUUCAUAUAAAGAUUCUCAAGUGUACUCGUUUAAUCCAGCAAGUGGCCAGGAACGUCCUGAGUUGGAGGUGGUAAAUUUAUCAAACACAAAGGAAUUAGUUAAGUCGGAACCAGAAGUAAAGGAAGUUAAAAAUGUAUAUAAUAAAAGCGAGUCCACGAUGUGUAAAGAUGAGUUUAUUAAUAAAUAUGAUGAAGAAAAUUCAGAUAAUGACAGUUUUUUUACAGAAUCUAAAAAAAUUUAUGAACAGCUGUUAAUGACGUACAAUUCUUCGUCAAAAUCGAGUGACACGAAAUCGAAAUCAAAGGAGGACAGAAGUGAAAAUAACAAAAAUUCCGAUACAAAAACAGAAAAUACUAACACCGCCAACAUGAGUAAUACGAAUAAAUUUAUAACCAAAAAUAGAACUAAAUCAACUAACAAUGCAGUUAAUAAUAUUGCAAACGAUUCAGCUACGAAUUAUACGUCAAGUACUGCCUCAAAUGUAUCUGACGACAGUUCAAACGCCUCUACUACUGACGCACUUGAUUCCGGGGCUAAUAACACAACUCCGAACAACAAUAUCUCUAAACAAUUAAAGAAGGAGACUGAAAAGGUUGAAAAUAACCUGCGUGCAAGGAUAAAGGAAACUUUGGAAAACGAAAUUGAAGUGAACGACAUCGUAAAGUUUAAUACUUAUAUUUGUAACCUGAACAACAAUCCGAUGAUUAAUAACUUUUUCAAUGAGUUUAGUGAUACAACUAACACUACGAGCAGUAACACAUUGGACUCGUAUGGCAACAGCACCAUUCUGCAAAGAAGCACGCCGAAUGAACAGUUUGAUGAUUUGAACUCGGACCCGAAAAGAAGAAUGUCAGACCCUGAAGGUCAUGAAUUGGUAUUAAGAGAUAAUUUAAUGGAAUCUGAACCAAUGGAUGAGCGUAAACCAAUUGGAGUUGAAGUGUUAGAGGAUAAUUUGAGACUUGAAAACACGUUUGAACCGGAGUUGGUAAUAGAAGAUCUUCGUUUUAAACCCAAACCAGUAUUAGAGGAUAAGAUACCAGAAGCAAAAGAGUCCAGUACCUCAGAAGUGCUUGUACUAGACAAGGUGUUGGAACAAGUUGUAAACGGAAAUAAGAAUGAAAUGGCUGUUAAAAAGAGUAAAGUUGGUGAAUUCAAACUUAAAAGAACACAAGUGGAAUCCAAUAACAUAUCUAAUGAUCAAAGAGAAACAAAUAAUAUAUCUAAUGAUCUUAGAGCUGAGUCCAAUAAUGUAUCUAAUGAUCGAGGAGAAUCCAGUAAUUUUAAUUUGUACAAUAGUGUAAAUGAUCGCAAAAUGGAACCAAAUGGUCUAACUAGCUCAAACAUCGCUAAUCACAACAUUAACCAGAAUGUUAACCACAACAAUUUAGGAAUGAACGGUGUGAAUAUGGGUCGGAGGAUAGAGGAGGAAGAUUAUAAUAACAUUUGUACACCAAAGAAUAAAAAGAUUGGAACAAUAAACUUAAAGGGGCUAGAGAUGAUAAAGUCAAACUCGGACAAGUUGAUUAAGACAAUAAAUUAUACAUUAAAUAAGAGGAAUAAGAGGAGUUAUAAUGGUACCAACAAUAAUAACGGAAAGAGGAAAAGGUAUAUAUUAAUCAACCCUAAUAAUUAUGACCCUAAUAAUAACCAUGUUGCUAAUAACUCGACAUAUUCAAAAGAUAUAGUAAUGAAUAAACUAAAGAAUCGUGGAAGAACACACCAUAACCCGAUGGAUUCUGCGAGGAUGGGAAUGGAUGACAAAGUACCCGAGAGAAACUGCUCAAGCGAGAUGUGGAAUGAUGAUAUAAACGUUAUUAUAUAUAGGAAGAUGAAGCUAGGAUAUGGUUCCUUUUCCACAGUAUCUUUGGCACUGUUAAGAUUUAUUAAUCAGAAAACCCAACAUAACGAAAAUGAAACUGUAACUAAUGAUGCAAAUUCGACAGCUAAUACAAGCACACUACACAGUAACGUAACUUCUGUCUCAGAUAAAAUGGAGAAGAAAAGAAUAUACGAAUGUGCCAUAAAGAAUAUAAACAAUAACUAUGGAGAAAUGUCCAGGUAUCAAUACAUUCGAGAAAAGGAAAUGAUGCUACACUAUAACCAAAAUGUACUAAAACCAAUCAGUUACAGGAUUUUAUAUAAUAACAAUAACGAUAAGAUUUAUCAACUGCUGUUGCCAAGAGCAAAAGGUGAUUUACUCUCAAUGCUCAUUAAAUUAAUCAUAUAUCGGACCAACACCAUUAAUAACAAGGGUAGUUUUAGCACCUUUGGUAAGAGUAAUUUUAACACUAGUGGUAACGGCAAUUUCAACAACAUUGGUAACAAUGAAUCAAAUGAAAAGAGAAAUAAAUGGAAGUUUUAUGGACUGUUUAUAAUUGAGAUAAAGUAUAUACUGAUACAGAUAAUAAAUAGCAUCAUAUAUAUACAUAACUGCUUCCAAGGUAACAUACUGAGACACACUGACAUAAAGCUCAAUAACAUACUGGUGUUUUGCUCGGAAGAGGACAAGUACAACCCCCUGAAGUGGCAGUUGAACCUGUCGGACUUCGGAUCAUCGAUACUUUUGCAGCCAAACAACUUCAUCAAUAACAUUCAGAACAUCGUUGCAAGUACACAGCCAUCCAACAUUGCAAAGACCACAGCACAAUACUCUGGGACCGUAAAAUUGAACGAUGAUGAUGACAUUUUCAACUAUCACAUGAAGGAGUAUAUAGAACAAAUGAACACACAGUUACUGUCGUAUAACAUUGGGACACUGAAGUAUAACUCACCAGAGACGCUCCUGUAUGACGAGUUUCUUAACAAGAGAAUUAAUAACAACAGGUUACUGCUAGACUAUUUCUACACUAACAACAAUGAGAGCUCGGACCCGUUUUUUGAUAAGGAGAAUUCGGCAAGUCAGGCAAGUGAUGGGAACUGGAGUGAUAAAGAUAACUCACAAUUGGAACCGCUGAAAAUUGAUGAUAACGGCCUUAAAAAUGUGAAUGAAAUGGUGGAGAUAAAUAAUGUUAGAUACAUCAAGAUAAGUAACAAGAGCGAUAUAUGGUCACUGGGUAUCAUAAUAACUGAGCUGGUCAAGUAUAUGAUACACUACGAUUUCAACAACCUGGGGGACUUGACCAACGUCAACCUGUUCAACCUAUACAUCACCGACAAUAUCGAAUGUGAUUUAAACUUUAAAGUCAAUGAAAAUAUAAACAACACAUCCAGAUUCAAAAGUGAUGUAAACAGAAUUAAUACUGAUAUUUUAACGAGUAAUUUAAACAGACUUAAUACUGAUGGAUUUAAGUCGGGUUCUAGAAUUGAACCUAGAACUGUUCCAAAAACUAACAAAUUUAGCCCUAAACGCAGUACUGCCAACAUCAGGCAUAACAUGCCGAGAGUUGGAAGUUUAAAGGAGAACCAUAGAGCAAGUAGUUCUAAAGGUUCCAAUAUCAAGAACAUACUGUAUAAUAAUAUAGGAAAUGGAAUUUUUUACAAAAAUAAAGAUAAACUGCUGGUGGAUGAAGAGAAUAAGCUCUUGUCGACUUACAUUAACAAUGUGUGCAAUAACGAGUUCAAAGUGCGUAGGUCAAGGCUUCUGAAACUAAUUGACUCUAAGCUUUAUCCCAACCAUGAUGAUCGAGAGUUUGAUGGUUCCAGGUGCGAUGACCAAGAGUUGGAAGAUAAGGAUGUGUCGUUACCCCAUGACUAUUCCCAAGAAUCACUUCCAGAUGAUAGUUCCAAGGUGCAAUAUGAUCUACUGAUAAACUUAUUGACCAAUUUGUUAUCAUACUAUCCUAGCGAAAGACUAAACUCCAUAGAAAUACUCGGACAUGAGUUCUUCACCAAUAGUAGGAAUAUAUUUCAACUGAUCGACCACAAUAAUAAAACUUUCGUCAAUAAAUACUACAAUUUGUAUGAAAAUAUCAACUCUAGCGACGUUAAUUUAUACGACGACAAGUACAGUUACUCAUGGUACAAGGGUCCUUUAUACUAUUACAUUUACAUCUCAAAUAGUAGUUUGACUGCAACAGUCCAGGACAGUCCUGAAGACAGUUUGAAGAUGAUUAUUUAUAAUCUAGAGUAUGAAAUGCUAAUGAGCAAGUCGAAGGAAUUGUACGGUGACGAGUUUAUCAUUUAUAAAAUUCUCAAGAAGUUAAAGAUUCAAAACAACUUCAAUUACCGUCAAAUCACUAGUACUUACACUUCCCACUUGUUAUCUCGUGAGUUGUACUUGCUCAACCGGCAUAAAUAUCAACUAGAGUGA